GUCGAUGUUACUACUAAAGCGACUGCUGGUUUUCCAUCCAAAUCUCCUCUUUGGAGCUCAAAUGAUGACACUGCUGGAACCGAAGCUGACAAAACCAAUCCGGAGUUGUUUACACUGAACUACGCUCGCAUUAAGAUCCCGUUUGAGAUCACUUUAUGGGUGCUGCUGGCUUCCUUUGCCAAAAUAGGUUUCAACGUCUAUCAUAAGAUCACAGUCUGGGUGCCUGAGUCAUGUUUGCUGAUCUCCCUUGGCUUCGUAGUGGGAGGCGUCAUGCACGCUGUGCGCAAGGAGCCGCCGGCGGUGAUCUCCUCCAACGUCUUUUUCCUCUACAUGUUGCCACCCAUUAUUCUAGAAUCCGGCUACUUUAUGCCCACUCGACCCUUCUUUGAAAACGUGGGCACAGUAAUGUGGUUUGCUGUAGUUGGCACCUUGUGGAAUACCAUGGGCAUCGGCAUCUCCCUAUUUGCCAUCUGCCAGAUAGAGGAGUUUGGUGUGCAGGACAUUAACCUGCAGGAGAACCUCCUGUUCGCCGCCAUCCUCUCAGCUGUUGAACCGGUGGCUGUGCUCAGUGUGUUUGAGGACAUCAGCAUCAACGAGCAGCUCUACAUUGUGAUGUUCGGAGAGUGUCUGUUCAAUGAUGCUGUCACUGUGGUACUGUAUAAUCUCUUCAAUCAUGUAGCAGCGAUGGAAGUGGAUGAACCUGCAGUCAUUUUCAUGGACAUUGGCGGAUUUUUUGUGGUGGGUUUGGGUGGGAUAUUCUUCGGCUUGCUGUUUGGGUUUUUGACAGCCUUCACCACACGUUUUACUGGAAAAGUGAGAGAGAUCGAGCCCCUGGUCAUCUUCAUGUUCAGUUACAUGUCCUACCUCAUCGCUGAGCUAUUUGCACUCUCCAGCAUCAUGGCUAUCUUAAUCUGCACCUUGAGUAUGAAGUACUACGUUGAGGAGAAUGUGUCCCAGCGCUCCUGCACCACUAUUCGCCAUGUCAUUAAGAUGGUUGGAAGUGUGUCGGAAACACUGAUCUUCUUUUUUCUGGGUGUUGUUUCAAUCACAACGGAGCACGAGUGGAACUGGGGCUACAUCCUCUUUACUUUGUUCUUUACUCUGUUUUGGAGGUUCCUGGGAAUCCUGGUCUUAACACAGAUCAUUAACCCUUUCCGCAAGAUUCCUUUCAACUUCCAAGAUCAGUUUGGUUUAGCCUACGGUGGGCUGAGAGGAGCUCUGUCCUUUGCCUUGGCCUUUACCCUACCAAACAGCAUUCCUCACAGAAAGCUGUUCAUCACAGACACGAUUGCCGUCAUCAUCUUCACAGUUUUCAUUCAAGGAAUAACUAUUAGACCCCUUCUAAAGUUAAUGAAUAUCCGUAAGACGAAUCGGAACUUGGAGACAAUCAAUGAUGAGAUUCACAAACGGUUAAUGGAGCACACAGUCGCCGGCAUAGAAGAUCUAUGUGGACAAUGGAGUCACUACCGCUGGAAAGACAUGUUCAUGAAGUUCAAUAACCGGUUCAUUCGCAAGAUUUUAAUCCGCGAUAAUCGUCCCGAAUCAAGUAUUGUGUCUCUGUAUAAGAAACUGGAGCUUCGAAACGCCUUGGAGAUUCUGGACACGAUGUCUGGUGACAUCAGCGCAGCUCCCUCCUUAAUGUCAUUAUAUGAAGAGAGAAAGAACGCCUCGAAGCAUAAGAAGUUCCUACCAUCCGAUGUUGAAAAUAUGCAUGAACUCUUAUCGAAGAACAUGUACAAGAUCAGACAGAGGACUGUGUCAUACACUAAUAGGCAUUCGCUACCCAAUGAGAACAUCGCCAAAGAGAUCCUGAUGAGACGCCACACAACCAUACGAAGUAGCCUCAGAUCUGGAAGCUUCCAUGCCACUAAUUCAGCAAAUACGUCCCACAAGUUUUCCUCUCUGCCGGUGGGUCAGAGUUUAAACUCUGGAUUUCCUCCAGGAAGAUUCCGACAUACUGACCACAUUGAUGCUGAAUCUGAGACUGCGUAUCCAUCAAACAGAUCAACGUUCAGGCAUCAGCGGAGAUCGUCAUCUAAAGCAGGGAUUCCUCUCAGGCCGCUGAACGAUCUGAGGGAAGAUAAUGAACCAAAUGAAGAAAUUCCUUACAAGAUGUCACAUCCAAGGUCAAAAUUCAGACAUUCAGGACAUCAAACCUCACGUCAGUAUUAUGGCACAUCUAGAAACUGUAGGGACACAGACUUUGAAGAGCAGCAGUCGAGCUUGUCUCCUCAUGGAUGGACAGAGGAACCACAAAACAACAGUGAUGUCCAACAUCCCCUGAUGAGAAAACCACAGUAGAUGCGACAGAAACCACAUGAACAAUGUGAUCAUACUUUUAAAGCAGCUGACCUGACAUUACUUGAUCCGACUACUUUGAAACGAAGUAAACAAUGCAAAAGAAGUCUACGUGUGAGAAAGGGAAGAACGUUCUCCAUGUUAAACAAAAUUCUGCUCAAAUAUAAACAAUAGAGCUUUCCAUGACACUAAAUCCACAUUACUCACUCUAAAUAUAAGGUCACACUUUAUUUUGAUGGUUCGUUUUUUACAUUGCAUUUACAUGUCAACUAAUUCUUGUUAGAUUAUAAGUAGACUGAUAGGUUGGGAUUAGUAUAAAUUGACAUGCACUUGCAUUGUUUCUUAUAGUCAGUUAAAUGUCUGUUGAAGGAGCAGUAUCAACAGAUAUUAAGCAGACAGUCUAUUAAUACUCAAAUGGACCAUAGAAAUAAAGUGUUACCGAUAUAAAUAAGGCAAAUUAAACAAAAACUUUAUCUUUUUUGCACAUUUUAACAUUUUUUUUACUUGACCAUGAAAGUUAAAAGAACAUUAUUUGGAUGUGUAUUCAUCUUGUUGUGAAAUGAAAGUAAAUGCGCACAAAUAUUUUAGUAUAUUAUUAUAAAAAAUAGAAAUGUAUGGUAAUUUUGUGACAAUGAAAUGAACAUGAAAAAACCUGCAAGUUUUUAUGAAACGAUGUCAUUGUACGUAAAAUAAAGCACUAUAAAAGAAACACUAUAAAAGAAAUUACA